AGCUGGGCGGCAGGGACAAGGGCCCAGUAUGGCAGAAUCGGGGUCCCUGCCCACCGGCUUCGGGGAGCUGGAGGUGUUGGCUGUGGGGACGGUGCUGCUGGUAGAAGCGCUCACCGGCCUCUGCCUCAAUAGUCUCACCAUCCUCUCUUUCUGCAAGAUGCCAGAGCUGCGGACCCCUACCCACCUGCUGGUGCUGAGCCUGGCUCUGGCAGACUCUGGGAUCAGCCUGAACGCCCUCGUUGCAGCCAUAGCCAGCCUCCGCCGGAGCUGGCCCUAUGGCUCCGAUGGCUGCCAGGCUCACGGUUUCCAGGGCUUUGUGACCGCGCUGGCCAGCAUCUGCAGCACCGCGGCCGUCGCCUGGGGGCGCUAUCACCACUACUGCAUGCGCAGCCAGCUGGCAUGGGACACGGCCAUCUCCUUGGUGAUCUGUGUGUGGCUGUCUUCUGCCUUUUGGGCAGCACUGCCCCUCCUGGGCUGGGGCCGCUAUGACUACGAGCCUCUGGGAAUGUGUUGCACCCUGGACUACUCCCGGGGGGACAGAAACUUCAUCAGCUUCCUCUUCACCAUGGCCUUUUUCAACUUCUUCCUGCCUCUCUUCAUCACAGUCAUAUCAUAUCAGCUCAUGGAGCAGAAACUCAGGAAGACGGGCCACCUCCAGGUGAACACCACUCUCCCGGCCAGGACACUGCUGUUCGGCUGGGGCCCCUAUGCCCUCCUGUAUCUCUCUGCAACGAUCGUGGAUGUGAGCUCCAUCUCCCCCAAGCUGCAGAUGGUGCCUGCCCUCAUUGCCAAAACAGUGCCCACGAUUAAUGCCAUCAACUAUGCCCUGGGCAGCGAGAUGGUCCACAAGGGCAUUUGGCAGUGCCUCUCACCCCAGAGAAGCGAGCGGGACCGAGCCCGGUGAGGUUCUCUGGGGGGCUGCUCGGACCCAGGCCCACCCCAACACCCUGGACUGAGCCCCAUGCUAGGAGGCUGCCCCAGAGUCCUGCCCAGCAACCUCAGAAGCCAAGCUCCAGACACUCGUUCA